ACUGGGGGACUUGAGGAUUAUUAGGGGUGUACCCAGGAGAUCUCUUCCCAUUAGAUGCCCAGGUAACAGAUCCAAGUGGGUUCUCCUUCCGGGAGUUCUUUCACUUUCGGAAGAUUUCGGUGCUUGUGAGUGCCAUCCCCAUUACAGGCAUGAGACAUGGCGUCUGUCAAGGUGGCAGUGCGAGUCCGGCCGAUGAACCGCAGGGAGAAGGAUCUGGAGGCUAAAUUUAUUAUUGAAAUGGAAGGCAAGAAAACAACAAUUACCAAUAUGAAGUUGCCAGACGGGAUAAGCGGGGACUCUGGGAGAGAACGGACCAAAACCUUUACCUACGACUUUUCCUACUUCUCAGCAGACCCAAAAAAUGGCAACUACAUAUCUCAAGAAUGGGUUUUUAAGGAUCUCGGCACAGACGUUCUCACGUCAGCAUUUGAAGGGUACAAUGCCUGUGUCUUUGCCUAUGGACAGACUGGCUCUGGAAAAUCAUAUACUAUGAUGGGAAAUCCGGGUGAUUCUGGUCUAAUACCCCGGAUUUGUGAAGGAUUGUUCAGUAGGAUUGCUGAAGUUACGAGGAGGGGCGAUGCAUCAUUUCGUACAGAAGUCAGCUACCUAGAAAUUUACAACGAGAGAGUGAGAGAUCUGCUGCGAAGAAAGUCAUCGAAAACCUUUAAUUUACGAGUUAGAGAGCAUCCCAAAGAAGGUCCUUAUGUUGAAGACUUGUCAAAGCACUUAGUUCAGAAUUACAGUGACGUGGAGGAGUUAAUGGAUGCCGGGAACAUUAACAGAACCACAGCUGCCACCGGAAUGAAUGAUGUGAGCAGCCGAUCGCACGCCAUCUUUACCAUCAACUUCACUCAGGCUAAGUUUGAUGCUGAGAUGCCUUGUGAGACGGUAAGCAAGAUUCAUUUAGUGGAUCUGGCUGGAAGUGAGAGAGCCGAUGCCACCGGUGCAACUGGCGUGCGACUUAAAGAAGGAGGAAACAUUAAUAAAUCUCUUGUAACUCUGGGAAAUGUCAUUUCUGCCUUAGCUGAUUUAUCUCAGGACGCAACCAACCAUCUUGCGAAGAAAAAGCAAGUGUUCGUGCCUUACCGGGAUUCUGUUCUGACUUGGCUGUUAAAAGAUAGCCUGGGAGGAAACUCUAAAACUAUAAUGAUUGCCACUAUUUCGCCUGCUGAUAUCAAUUAUGGAGAAACCUUAAGUACACUUCGCUAUGCAAAUAGAGCCAAGAACAUUAUCAACAAGCCCACCAUUAAUGAGGAUACUAAUGUCAAGCUAAUCCGCGAGCUUCGAGCAGAAAUAGCUCGCUUGAAAGCCUUGCUAGCUCAGGGGAAUCAGAUUGCACUCUUGGAUUCACCAACGGCUUUAAGUAUGGAAGAAAAACUGCAGCAGAAUGAAGCCCGUGUAGAAGCGUUGACGAAGGAAUGGACCAAUAAGUGGAAUGAAACCCAGAACAUAUUAAAGGAGCAAACUCUGGCUCUCCGGAAAGAGGGGAUUGGUGUCGUGUUGGAUUCUGAGCUGCCUCAUCUCAUUGGCAUUGAUGACGAUCUUCUAAGCACCGGCAUUAUAUUGUAUCACUUGAAGGAGGGCCGCACAUAUGUGGGAAGGGAAGAUGCUGCAUCAGAACAGGACAUAGUUCUGCAUGGGCUCGAUUUGGAAAGUGAGCAUUGUAUCUUUGAAAAUCUCAAUGGCAGAGUAACCUUAAUACCACUGAAUGAAGCACAGUGCUCUGUAAAUGGAAUCCAAAUUUUAGAGCCUUCUCAGCUGAACCAAGGGGCUGUCAUCCUCUUUGGUAGGACCAACAUGUUUCGCUUUAAUCAUCCAAAAGAAGCAGCCAAAUUAAGAGAAAAAAGGAAGAGUGGCCUUCUGUCCUCUUUCAGUUUAUCAAUGACAGAUCUGUCAAAAUCAUGUGAAAAUCUCUCAGCGGUAAUGCUUUACAAUCCCGGACUGGAAUUUGAAAGACAACAACGAGAAGAGCUUGAAAAACUGGAACAUAAGAGGAAAAUGAUAAAGGAAAUGGAAGAGAAGCAGCAAUCAGAAAAGGUUGAAUUAGAGAAAAUGCAGCAAGAAGUAGAAUCUCAGCGUAAAGAAACAGAGAUUGUCCAGCUACAUAUACGUAAACAAGAAGAAAGCCUAAAGAGGAGAAGUUUGGAUAUUGAAACCAGACUGAAAGACUUGCUGGCUGAAAAGGAAAAAUUUGAAGAAGAAAGGAUGAGAGAACAGCAUGAGAUAGAACGGCAAAAGAAAAAGCAGGAAGAAGAGGGUUUUGUCAAGGUCCAGCAAGAACUUCAGAGGCUUCAAGAGCUGCAUAGUACUGAAAAAGCAGAGAAAUUGGAAAUCUUUAAAGAACUGGAAAAACUUACAAAAGAAAAGGAUGACCAGUACAUGAAACUAGAGCUGGAGAUGAGAAGGCUGGAAGAACAGGAGAGAGAACAGAUGAAGAUUGUAUUUCGCCUUGAAGAACAGCUUCGAGAAAAACAGGAGAUGAUCCAGCUUCUAAAACAGGGGGAUUUCUUGAGAUUAGAAGAGGAAGUCCGAGUUCUUGAAGAUGUAAGAGAAGAUCUUCUACGUGCUAAGGAAUGUAGGUCAGAAGGUGAAGAAGAUCCAGAAGAGGCUGAGAAAGCAAUAAAUACAUUUUCAGAAUUUAAGAAAAUCCAGGUAGAACAGUUGGCUAGUUUGGUGGGUGACUUAAAUCAACAAAAAGAUCGAUUGGAGAAGGAAAUAAUUGCUGAUCGGGACAUUCUUAGUAGAUUAAAUCUCCCGAAUGUUGAUAAUAAGAAAGAAGAUGAUUGUUCUCUGACCUCAACCCCGAUAACAGAAGAUGGAGACACAAUAAAGCAAAUGGAAUACCGACUGCACUGUAAGGAGAGACAACUUGGGUACAUAAAGCACAGCCAACUGCCGGCAUUGCUAGAUGAAAAGCAGAGAGCGUCAGAGAUUCUGGACAGUGGUCUGCUAGGGUUAGACAAAACUUUGUAUCAGAUUGAGAAAGAGAUUGAAGAAAAGGCUGAUCAGCUCACACAAUUUCGGGCCACCAGUGACCAACUACAACAGCUACAGGAAACAUUUGAGUUUACUGCAAACAUAGCUCGCCAGGAAGAGAAAGUUAGGAAAAAGGAGAAAGAGAUACUGGAAUCAAGGGAGAAGCAGCACAAAGAAGCCUUGGAGCAAGCAGUUGCUAAACUGGAACGUAGACAUUCUGCUCUUCAGAGACAUUCCACAAUAGAUGUUGAAAUAGAAGAGCAAAAGCGUAAACUUGCUGCAAUGGACAGCAGCCAGGAACAGGCUGGUCUUCAGGCCAGUUUAGAAGCUGAACAGAAAGCUUUGGAACAAGACAGAGAGCGGUUGUCUCAUGAAAUCCAGCAGCUAAAGCAGAAGAUUCAAGUGACUGCUGAUCCACUUUCAAAAAACCUGUCGGGAGCCCAGGAAGAAAAGCCCCCCCACGCCACCACUCCAGCAAGCCCGGUAAAAUCUCAGCCACAUUUUCUUCAGCUGACUGAUGACAGAAUACAUGCAUAUAUUGAAGAAGAAGUACAGAGACGGCUGCAAAAUAUAAAUUUGCCUUCCGAUGACCUCAGCAGCUUGAAUCUGUCUUAUUCUUCUGAAACUGGAAAGGGAAAAGACAAUUUUCUGAACAGCAUUACACAGAGAAAAAUAAAGUAUGAGCUAUGUCGAGACUUAGCAAAAAUGCUGAUGCCUGAAUUGAACUACACCAGAUUCAUCAGUCAUCCAUUGCUGAGUAUGGAUCUGAUGGAACUGUCAACUGACUGGGAUGCCAAUGUGUCUGACGUUAUCUGCUCUAAUGGCUUUAAACUGACUUGUAAUUUCAAAAAUGCAUUAGCAGACAUGGUCUAUCUACUUCAUGAGAACACCAACGGCAUAAAGCCGCCAUUAGGAGAUUUGCGCUUGUUGAUGUACACAGCAGUGAAAGUUGAAACGGUGAAUGCACAGAGUGUAUAUACAUGGCUAGCGCUUACAAACACAUCUGUUGCACUUGUACAUGAUGAAGCAUUGCCUCCAGGCUUGUGGGUCACCUAUUCUUCAUCAUCAACUUUUAAACAAAUAAAUCUGCACAGCCUGAGUGAUGUCAGAUGCAUUAUUUUAACAGACAGGGACAAUGUAACCAAAAUGACUCUCGUUUUCUCAAGCUGUGACAGUGAUCCUUCCUUCGCUGUCGAAGAUGAUGAUUUAAUUUCAAAAUUGGUCUCGCGGUCACUAGGUGUGAAUCCAGAUGAUCUUGCAGAUCCUGUGAAAAUAACUAUUCCUCGCUACGUUCUCUGUGGACAAGGCAAAGAUGAGCACUAUGAGUUUGAAAUAAAGAUCACCGUCUUGGAGGAAACAUGGACCGUGUUCAGACGUUACAGCCGAUUCAGGGAAAUGCAUAAAACAUUUAGAUUAAAGUAUCCAGAGCUUAUUGCCUUAGAAUUUCCUCCGAAGAAGCUCUUUGGAAACAAGGAUGAACGAGUUAUUGCUGAGAGAAGAUCUCAAUUAGAGAAAUACCUGCGGAACUUCUUCUCUGUGAUGCUAAAGUCUCCUACAUCUCCAUUACACAUUGAUAAGGUCAGUUUGACCCUCUCCAAGCACACAAUCUGCGAGUUCUCCCCCUUCUUCAAGAAAGGAGUCUUUGACUACAGCAGCCAUGGAACUGGAUAAGGACUUCUACCAGGAAGAGGAAAAAAAGUGCCUUUAAUGUACAGACUGCAGAUUA